AUGGCUGAAGUCAUCGUCUCUAGAACGUCAAGAACCUGCGAGCCUGGUCGUAGCGCCAUCGACAAUCCGUCUCGCGCCGCGGUUGACCAAUCCGCGCAUUUUCCCGCUGCAGAGAGGCCCGUUGGCGGUAGCGCCAGCGCGGGGGCUUCGCCGCCGCGGAAGCCGCAUCCGCCCCUCCUUCCGCCGGCCUCCAUGUUCCAGCAGCAGCAGGCGCCGGCGGCCGCGGAGAGAGAGCGGCGCGCAGAGGGUGCGGAGGGCGCGCAAGGGGGCCGUGCACGCCGCGGGGGAGGCGCAGUGACGGAACCGGAGCAAUCCGCAGAGAUGGAGGCUGCGGCGGCUGAGGGGAAGGGGCCGCUGGCAGUGUCGUCUUUGGAAGAGCGGAAGGAGAUUGCGGAGGGGGAGGAGCCACAUCAGAAGCCGCGCCCUGCUACAACCCGUACCCCUGGUCCUACUGCCAUCUCUGCCCCUGCUGGUAGUUCCCCAGCGCCCUCCACCACGCCUGGAGCAGCAGCUGCAGCAUCGGCUAUUCACCAGGCCGUGCGAUCAGGGAAGAGCGAGGAGCAGGCCACUGCUGACGCUGCUGCUGCUGCUGCAAAAGAGAUGGCGCAGGGUGGGAAAGAAGAAGUGGAAGAGCGGGGAUGGGAAGGAGGGAGGAAAGGAGGGGCAGUGAGGAAGGUGGGGCGGCAGCAGCGGCAGGGGCAAGAACACCAGAGGAGAGAGGUGUGCGGCAAGCAGGAAAAUUGGGAGGGACUGAGGCCGUCUGCUGUAGCACCUGAGGCGGCACAUGAGGCGGGUGGAGCACCUGGGGCAGCACCUGAGGCGGCACCUGAGGCGGCACCUGGGGCAGCACCUGGAGCACCUGGGGAAGUUGCUGAGAAGGGUUUGGCAGCACAUGCUGCAGAGGCAUCUUUUGCCAGGGCCCCUGAAGGGGAGAGAGCAGAGGAGACUGCAGAGGUGGCGGCUGCUGCUGCUGGUGGAGCAGUGCGAGCAGUGCAAGGGGUUGGGGCUGGUGAAGAGGGUGGUGAGCAGGGCGGUGCGGAGGGGAUGAAGCCUACAAUUGAGCAAACUCCUGCAGCUGCGAAGGUGUCAGAGGAAGGGGAAGCGGAAGCAGGGAAGAAGCCUCGGCGCCGCUAUCGCCGCAAGAAGCGGGCUGACAGGGCGGAAGGGAAGAACAGGUGCAAGAUUAUCACCGCUCAUGCUUCAACCAUGCUCCGAUCGCUGAAGCUCGCUCCUCACGUCGCACGUGCCGCUAUUCGGCCCGUCUAUCCCGCAUGCGCGCGCUCGUCCGCGUUAAAAGCCGCCGCGAUAUCCGGUAGAAGCUAUUCGUCGGCGGAAGCCGACAGCGAGUAUUGGAAGCACAUGUCCAACGCGGUUCCGCGCGGACCGGGAUCGGCGGAGAGCGCGGCGGCGGAGAUCAUCGAGCGCAACCUCGUGCGCGGACCCCCCGCGGAGGAGCGCAGCCCCGCCGCCGUGCUGACGUCACGGCGGGAAGCGCUGGAUCUGUACCGUCUCGUUCUGCGAACCACGCGGGUCUUUGUCUGGCCACACCCUUCAGGAGCGCUCUGGAGGGACGUGCUGCGAGAGAGUGCACGCAAGGAAUUUGAAGCUGCCAGAUUCGUUUCUGACCCUGAAAUGAUUGCACGACUCCUAGUAGGAGGUCGGGACGCCAUCUCCGUUGUUGUGGAUAAGCUAGUGGCAAAGCAGCAGGAGGCAGUGGAGAAGGAGCGUUCGCGACCUCCUUAA